CUGGCUGCCUCAGUCUCGGUGCUGGCGAUGAGAAGCAGCCGCUCUCUCUGGCGUGUGGUGCAGAAUAAACAGUGAGAGGAGGAGAAAAAAAAAACAAUCCAAGCUCUCAAUCACCGUUUAGCCCUCAAUUAAUCAGCACACUGCUGCUGCACGGGCUCGGGGAGAUUUGUGGCUGCCGCAGUGGCCGGUCCCUCAGCUCCAGGCUUUUAUAGACUGCAGCCGGACCGUACGCAGUGCUGGAUUUCGCAGUUCUGCUCCUCAUCCAGACGCCUCACCGGUGAACACCACACCAACAUGCAUCUCCUGCUCUCCAUGUGAACAUGUGAUCUGGACAGAGCUCCUGACAGCAGAUUGAUCAAGGACGACUGAUUCCAUAGGCAUGCUGGGGGUUUGAUGGUGAUACAAGAAAGCAGCUAACUGGGGCUACAUUGUCAGAGAUUUAGCUAACUGGUUAAACUGAGAGAUUUUCAUUCUGGAUAAGGCAGAGUAACAAAAGCUGACCCUUCAGAUGAGCUACUGAGCUAAUGCCAACAGCACUGCAGAGGUAUAUGGUGAUGACUCGUGGACUUCUACACAAGGGUCCAAAAGGUCAGGAAUGAUGCUAAUGAUCAGAAAACUCACCACCAGCUCUUUAUGGGGCACUGCAUGGAGUAGCUGGGACAUUCAAUCUCAACAGAAGCUGCACAUAAACAAAUCCCGAAGUGUAAACGUCCAGCCCAACAUUCACUUCCAGCUUCCACCAAAUUAAGUCGUCCCUGAAAAGCACCAAUCAGACAUAGUGUUCGCAAGUGGACAUUCCAUCUGCGACAGGCUUGACAAAUGAACGCCUCUCUGUAAAUUCCACAUUAUAUUCAACACCAGUAAAAGCCUUGUUCUUACCCUCUGUACCUGAGCUACCACCUAGGUGAGCCAUGAAUGAAGCACAGAAAUCCCAUUCCGUUUGGUCGAGUGGCAAGGGAGGAGGUAUGGUGACCAGUGCCUUACUCUGGUGGGCUAUGGCUGUUGCAUUUUUUUCAAUUUCAUGGGUGCCCGUUGCUCAGGCUGAUUGUUGGCUGAUUGAAGGAGAGAAGGGUUUUGUAUGGCUGGCCAUCUGCAGCCAGAAUCAGCCACCAUACGAAGCCAUACCAUUACAUAUUAACAGCACUAUCGUCGACCUGCGACUCAAUGAAAACAAGAUUCGGAGCAUCCAUUUUUCUGCUCUAAGCCGCUUCAGCAAUCUCACAUACCUGAACUUGACUAAGAAUGAAAUCUCCUAUAUAGAGGAUGGGGCGUUUUCUGCUCAGUUUAAUCUGCAGGUGCUGCAGAUUGGUUUCAACAAGCUACGGAACUUGACUGAGGGUAUGCUGAGAGGCUUAGGACGGCUACAGUACCUGUACCUUCAGGCUAACCUGAUUGAGACUGUCUCACCUAAUGCCUUCUGGGAGUGUCCAGCCAUUGAGAACAUUGACCUCUCUAUGAACAGGAUUCAGCAGUUGGAUGGAAGUACAUUCCGAGGUCUAACAAAACUAACGACAUGCGAGCUCUACUCAAACCCAUUCGGUUGCUCCUGCGAGCUACUGGGAUUCUUGCGCUGGUUAGCGGCAUUCCCCAAUAGAACAAGUGAGAGGAUGGUAUGCGAUACACCAGCUGGCUUUUCUGGGUACAGCCUCUUAAGCCAGAACCCCAGGAUGCCAACAUUUCGGAAUGCUUUCCAUGCUCUCUCUACUGUCUGCACAGAUGAAAAUGUGACUCCGUACCUACUGGGAUCUUCAGAUGGGGGCACUCCCACAAUCCUGCCGGAUUUGAGUCCUUGCGGAUUGGAUGACUGCCCUUCAGGAACAACUCCAGAUGAAUUCAUCAGCAUCAGCCCAACAUAUUUCGACCCAGACGCCCGGCCAACUAUAAAGCUCAAAGAAAUGACACACACAAGUGCAGUUAUCACAGUCCACAUCCCAAAUCCUUUCCGCAAAAUGUACAUUCUUGUCCUUUACAACAACAGCUUCUUCACAGACAUUCAGAACCUCAGAAGCCAAAGGGAGGACAUAGAGUUGCUGAACCUUAAAUCCCACACAGACUACACAUAUUGUGUUGCAUCUAUACGCAACUCUUUGAGAUUUAACCAUACCUGCCUGACCAUCUCCACCAGCCCAAGGACAAUGCGAGAGCGUGUGCCAAAUGAUGCUACUGCUACUCAUUAUAUCAUGACCAUACUGGGCUGCUUCUUUGGAAUGGUCAUAGUAUUGGGCGUGGUGUAUCACUGCCUGAGAAAACGGAAGCAGCAAGAUGAGGCAAAGAUGAAGAAGCUUGAGAAGAUGAAACGGAAUUUGAUUGAGAUGAAAUACGGGGCUGAGCUGGAAGGUGGGACUAUCUCACAGCUGUCACAGAAACAAAUGAUGUCCACUGGUGACUCAGUUCAGAGAAUGCUGUAUCUCCCGGCUGCCAGUGAAACAGACCAGUAUAAGGUACAGGAGAUAUCGGACACACCAAAAACAACAAAAGGAAAUUACAUGGAAGUAAGGUCGGAGCAAUCCGAUCGAAUGGAAUGCAAUGUUCCCCCAUCUGAUAACAGCCAGGGAUCAGUUGCCGAGAUAUCAACAAUUGCAAAAGAAGUCGAUAAAGUGAAUCAGAUUAUCAACAACUGCAUUGAUGCACUCAAAUCGGAGUCAGUGUCCUUCCAGGCCGUGAAGUCUGGAGCUGUGUCCACAGCUGAGCCUCAGCUGGUUCUUAUUUCUGAGCACCCACCAGGCAAGACUGGUCUUCUGUCUCCAAUGUAUAAAGGAGGUUACCACCACCCCUUACAGAGGCACCAUAGUAUGGAAGCUCAACCGAAGCGUGCCAGCACAUCUUCAAGUGGCUCCAUGCGCAGCCCUCGAUCUUUUCGCUCUGAAGGUGCUUACCGAUCAGAGUCCAAGUACAUCGAGAAGUCUUCUUUGGAUGAAUCAGGAAUCCUGACAGUCACUCCUGCUGCAGCAAUACUUCGGGCAGAAGCAGAGAGGAUACGACACUACAGUGAGCACAGGCAUUCGUACCCUGGCCCCCACCAUAUAGAGGAAUCUUUGGAUGUUUCAGGAAGCAGGAAGUCGUCCAUCUUGGAGCCACUAACCCGCUCACGGCCACGUGAACUGUCCUAUUCACAGCUUUCACCCCAGUACCACAACCUCAGUGGUUACUCCAGCCCAGAGUACAGCUGCCGGCCAUCCCUUAGCCUAUGGGAACGAUUCAAACUGCAUCGCAAACGCCACAGGGAUGAGGAGGAGUACAUGGCUGCAGGUCAUGCGCUAAGGAGAAAAGUACAAUUUGCCAAAGAUGAGGACCUACAUGACAUCCUUGACUACUGGAAGGGUGUGUCUGCGCAACAGAAAUUAUGAUCACCCAUUUUAUAGUAUAUUCAAGUGUGGUUACAUCAGCUACACUUUGCUUUAUGGACCAAAUGAAGCCAGUCUUGACAAUUAAAUAAAAAAAAUCACUCAUUUUUAGAGGUAUAGCUUAGAUUAUAAUUCUGACUUCAUUAAACUAGCUAUUUUUACUAUUUGACAAUGAAAUAAGAUACGGUAGAUCUUGCAGUGAGUGUAUGUGCCAAAUGAUUCUAGAUAACUUUUAACAAUAUUAACCUCAAAUCCGAACACUUUUUAUAUAUGGAAAAGUAACAAUAGACUAUUAUUGUAUUAAUUAUUAUUACUACUAUCAUCAUUAUUAUUCUUGCCAUGAUCCUCAUUGUUCCUUCUAAGUAUUAUUAUUAUUAUUAAGAUCAAUUUAUUCUUAUUGAUUCUAUAAUUAAUCUUUGGUUAUCGCAUGGCCGUGUCCUGUGACAGUAUAUUGACUGUUGUGCACUUGGAGCAAAGAACUUCAAAUCGUCUGCCGAACACUGUUUGCCACAAUAUAAGAUUUCAAAAACAAACUGUGCUACUUUCUAAAUACUUUAUUUCCCACCUUUAAAGACUGUUCAAAAGGACCACUGCAGAGCUUUCCAACUCUUCAAAGGAGACCUGAGUAGAGAAAAGUUCUACAUUUGCCACAGAAACAUCUGUGUUGGCUUUUAAAACAGUGACUUUUGGGAAACAGCUUCAGUUGACGCUUUCUUCGCUCUUUUUUUUUGUAAAGUUUAUGUUCAAACCUGCAAUGAAUGUCUCAAGUCCUUAAGGAUUAAAUCUGCACUGUUCAAUUACACAAAAACCCACACAUACAGAAACAAAGACACAUGCACAUUGUUGGAUUUCUUCCCACUGUCAAGUUUCAAAAGUCAUUUCAAAAUUUCAAGUAGUGCCGCAGGGGAAGCUGACUUUACACAAACAGAAACAAACACACACACACACACUCUCAGACACACAUAUGAACACACAUAACCUCAGUGUACACAGAUCAUACAUAGGAGAAUGAAUGUAUAAAGAUUAUUCUAGCUUUCUCAGUAACCACAUCGUUUUUUGUGUCUUUGACUUACCCCGUUGUUAAAUGUUUGUUUUUAUGAUUCAUUUUUAUGAGUAACGGAGAAGAAAGUGCCAGUAUCAUGUCAAGCCACCUCUUCCUUGCUAAUGCUCUGAACCACCAUGACCUCCAGACCAAGUUAAUGCAAGAUCAGCUCUGUAUAAUGACAAGUUUUACAGAAAUGCGUCUCCUACGCUUCGGCUAUUGAGCCAGCUCUAAACUGCUGACCCUGGCGAUUCUCGACCUGAGAAAUCUUUUCUCGCAGACAGCAAUGCUGAUAGGCCAUUUAGACUCUACUGCUGGAAAUGGGCUGUAAAUUCUGAAGAAAUGCUCACUACAAAGAGGCAACUGUCAUUAGGCACUUCUGUCAUGGCGGUGGUGUCUUUGUUUAUGGACUAGAUUUGAUUUGUUUCCACUGGCUCUAGUUUGGUGAUGGAAAAUGCCGCAGCAUGUUUACAUCAUUUCAGCUGUUGUAUUGGUGAGGAUCUGUUAGUUAGCCUGCUAGCUUGUUAGUAUGACAUUAAAACUUCGUUUGACUAAAGCGUGUACUUAGGAAUUUGAUCAUUUUUGUAACUUCAGCUACAAAAAAGCACACCAUACAUGGUGUUCUCAACUCCGAGUUCAGAUGAUGGCACAAUUCAACAUGUAAUAACAAAUUUAUUUAAAACAACUAAUAUACAGUCAUGUUAGUUGCUUAAAUCUAAAAGAGCGGCCAUUAAGUUUGCUCUUUUGAGAAGGGAAAUACACCUUGAAUUUGACUUGUCACUCAGAUCACUCAUGUUAGCUGGCUAGCUUGUUGCUAACAAUGCUCUUUUUUUUGUGUGUGUUUUUUUGAACACGCGUAGGUCAAAAAUGACAUACCUUCCCACUUCCCAGUCAAAUGCAGCAAAAUACUCUAGAAACUUACAGGCAUGAUAAAUUAUAAAACUAUUAAAUAAAUAUCACUGAAGACUAAAUAGACUAUGUAUUGAAAAGAAUAGCUGUAUUCUCUAACUGUGACUGUGUUUAAUAAAGUUUUUACAGUGUUUAAAGGUUCUAGAGACACCACUGUACCAUUGUGGCUGACACACUCUUAUAAAAAUCACUGUUGAUAAAUAACAUUUGUCCAGGGGUGGUCCUAUGGUGGUCAGAUUAUGCAUAAGAUUAGCUACUCUCAAUAAUUUAAUCCUGCAGAACAGUGUUGUAAUUAAAAAUAAAUUUUUAUAGACUGUGCAGUCUUAGCAAAAAAAGGUUCUAUAUAGUACCAAAGGGGUUCUUUGGCUUGUAACAAUAGUGAAACCCUUUUUGGUCCAAUAUAGAACCCUUGUUCAAAAAAUAAUGUAUUCUCUCAAAGAAUAAUGUACACUCAAAGAACACUUUGCUUCAUUAAACGGUUCUUUGAGUAUUCAUGGUUCUAUAUAGAACCACUUACUCUACUAAAGAACCCUUCAAAAUUCAACCCUUCAAAUGUCUUUUUAAGAGUGUGGGUGGGCCAACUUGUUCUGUGUUGUUCACACAUUCUUAAAAAAAGAUUUUUCUUCAAGGGCUCUUUUGUACAAAGAAAGACCAGCACUCAAAGAUCCAUUUGCAUGCUUAAAGGGUUAUUUGCAUGAUGAAAUAGUCCUUCAGACUAUUCAGUCUUGUUUUUUUCAGUUCUACAUAGCACCAAAUGGGGCUGUUCUGUUGUUGCAAGCUUGACAUAACAAUAUGCUUUUGAUGUAAUGAUAGAAGAUAUGCGUAAUGAUAGAAGAACCCUUUUUGGUGAGACCUUUUCAAAAUGUUCUAUAAAGAACCAUAUACAACAAAUUUUCCAUCAGUCUGAGGAACUAUUUCACGAACAAGCAUUUAAGCAUGGAAAUGAUUGUGUGUGUGUGUUCUUGGUUCUAUAUCUUUUUUUGUUUAAGUGCGUGGUAGCGAGCUUAAUUCUGGAGGGCUGGAUUUCUGCACAGUUUGGAUAUAUUCCUGCUUGAAUACAAUUGACUCAACACUAAUUGCAAGGUUUAGUUGGUGUUCCUCACCCAUGCUAUAAAGUAUGCAUCCGCUCACUACUUUUGCCCACUGAGGACAGUUACAGAUGGUAGCCGGAUUGGUUCUGUGUUACACUGACAUGAGUGUAUCAGGCACAGUGGUGUUGCUGGGGUUUUCUGCUGGGAUGAGAAUAGUUAACUGAAUUCAAAUCAGACAGCUGAUAUUACAAAGUUGAAGAAUAACCAAACAAAAAACUUGAAACCUAAAUCUAAAUAUCCUAUGCCAAAGCAAGUUUCCGGCUGGCAUGGAAAAUGUGUAUGGACCAUUUAUGUCUUACCUUUGUUGAUCAAUGCAUUGAAGUAGACUUUAGCUUUACACAUUUGCUUGUCACAGCCCUUUUUUGCUUUUUUAGAAAAAGACCACUGUAAGUAACAAAAUCACAGAGCACUGAUGACAAAAUUUUUACCCCUUAAAGCCAGGGCCCAACGAUAGGCCCAAAAUUUUAUUACACACAUCUAGAACCUAAGAAUAGCUCAGCCAAUUUGCACUGUUCCUGUAGUUAAAAGCUAAAAUGUGUAUUUCCUUACUUCUCAAAGAUUAAGUUAAACCCAUAAACUGGAAUUCUUAAAUAAUUUCAUUAAUAGCUAAAUUGUUUAUCUCAUAAUAAGCUUUUUCAAAAAGGUAAUGGUUUCAUGAACUUUUCCAUCAUUAAGCCAGAGCCCUCGUAAACUGAAGUUAAAGUUUGAUAUGUGCAAGUCAGCAGUAUAGAGCUGUAGGUCAUGAAACUUUUUUGUGUUUAGGUCUUCUAAUGGUUUUGAAAAGUGGUCACCAAUCCUGCUUCUGGAGAUCUGCUACCUUUUAGAGUUUAGCUCCAACCCUUAUCCACCACCCCUGAUCCAUCUAUUAUUUUUAAGAAGUGCUAGACGAUACAGUCUGUUAAAUCUGGGUUGAAAAUAAGGCCCAUUCUGAAUAAGGCCCAUUCUAAAUAUUCUGAUUACCAAUAUACCAUUACCAGUAUAGGCCAAUAUAGUUCUAUAUUUCUACUUUAGAUUUUCAUUUCACACUCUAGUGUUUGAGGUUGAAUCAUAACAUUGUUCAACUCAAAUAAACAAUCUUAAAUAAUCUUAAGGGGGCUUUCCAGCCUAAAAUGUAGCAUCCUGCAGUGCAUUGUAGAGCAUUGCAUCCCUCAGCUUCACUGAUUUGGCAGAAUUCACAAUUUUGUUUCAUUUUAAUGUUUUCAUCCAUCUGCAUUUUCUCACCACAUUACCCAGCAUGCAUUAUGCAUGUCAUGCAACUACUGGGAAUCCCUCCCACCUGAUAAAAGAAACCUGACUGCUUGCAUAGCCACUGGUUUAGAGUAUAAUAAACACAGAUAUACAUCAUGAAAGCAGGAUUUUCUUCUUAGUUAAAUCAGAAAAGCUCACUCUAAAGAUUGUUAUGGUACCACUGUAAGAGACAAGUAGACAUGAUGAUGCAAUGCUUACCUGUUUUCAUUUUGGCUGGAAUACCCCUUACAUAACAUAAACAUUAUAACAAUUUGGCUGGAGGUAAUCAAAAUCCAUUUGGUUUCUACUUAUUACCUGUUAUUCUUUCUGUUUUUCAUAGUUCUCUUGAUAUGUUGUGAGCUAUUUCACAUUAUUCUCAUGCUAAAGGUUGGGUUUAGGUGCAUUUUACAUUUCUAUUUUACUAACCAUGACAGUGAUAUGCAUUAAGAAUCACCAGUCCAGUCUAUCAUGAUGUUAAAUACUGAAAAAAGGCCAAAAAGUUACUAAUUUUCAGUGCAUUACAGGAGAUAUUUUCACCAAUACCGAUAAAACCAUGGUCGCCAAUCUUGACUGAUCCCAGCCAAACAAUAUAUAUGUUGGGCCACAGUUGAACGUAAGCCUUAGUAACUUCUCAGUAAAUUUGAACCCUGUGAGACUUGUGAAAAAGUGCACUCUAAGCAAAAAAGCAUUCUAUAUAAUACCAAGAAAGGGUUCAUUGACUUGUAACAAUAGUGGAACCCUUUUUGGUACAGAUGUAGAACCAUGUACAGCACAUUCUCCAUCAAUCUGAAGAAUGCUUUUAGGAUGCAAAGAACCUUUUAAUCAUACAAAAAAUCCUUUGAGUGUUGAUGUGUGAACCAUUUUCUUUACUAAUGAACCCUUGCAGAACCAUCUUUUUAGGACUGUGGGUAGCUUGUUAGGUACACUCUUAGAAAAGAUGGUUCUUCAACCAUCAGACUGAUGAAAAAUGUGUUGUACAUGGUUCUUCAUAGAACUUUUUUAAUAAGGGUUCUGUGUAGCACCAAAAAGGGUU